AUGGCAACAGAAGAAGGCACCCUCCCUGUCCAAGCAGCGACUCUAUACACCAAAACGUGGAAGACACAAGGAGAACCACGCGCCAUCCUCGCCUUCAUCCACGGCUUCAGCGAUCACUCCAACGCAUAUUACGAUCUAUUCCCCACCCUUGCCCGCCGAGGCAUCCAAGUCCAAUCUUUCGACCAGCGAGGAUGGGGUCGGUCCGUGAAUAAACCACAAGAAAGGGGUCGAACGGGUCCCUCGGCUGUCGUGAUGGGGGAUAUCCAUUCCUUCCUACUCACAAGAAAAGAGGAGAAAGUUCCUCUCUUCUUGAUGGGACAUAGUAUGGGAGGUGCAGAGGUGUUAUAUUAUACCCUCCACCCGGAAUCGCCUUUCACCAGCAAGGACUCCCCUAUUCGAGGAGUGAUGGCGUAUUCGCCGUUGAUUGCAUUACACCCGUCUACCCGGCCGUCUGGACUGGUGGUCUCCCUGGGCAGGUUAGCAGGGAAGAUAGCCCCCCGUUGGCAACGGCAUUCGCCGCUCGAUCCGCGGGCGAUGUCUCGCGAUGACCAGGUGUGUGCCGAGUGGGCUGCGGAUGCGCUGUGUCAUGAUUACGGCACUUUGGAGGGGUUGGCCGGCAUGCUGGAUAGAGGGUUAUGGUUGGAAUCGCGUGCGAGUGCGAGUGCGAGUGCGAAUACUGUACCCAGAAAGGAAGUGUUCAACUUCUGGUUUGGUCAUGGAACUGACGACAAGGUCACGGAUUACGAAGCUACUAGGCGGCUGGCUGCUGCGCUCGGCGAGGAGGGUCAUGCCGUCACUUUCCAGUCGUAUCGGGGCGGGUAUCAUAAGCUCCAUGCUGAUCUGGAGGCUGUCAGGACGCAGUUUGCGCAGGAUAUCGGGGAUUGGAUAUUGGAGAGGGUUGACAUGCCGGCUAGGACAGAGGACAGAACAGAGGAUAGGGCCAAAUUGUGA